AUGCCGCCGCACACGCACCAACCUGCUUCCAGGGUGUUGUGCCCCUCUCCCGGCCUCCUGGGGCUGUCCCGUGCCCAGGAGAGCCUCACUUCCCUGUCAUACAGCUGGCAGAGGGAUUUCCUUGGAUCCUURUGGAAGCGCCUCUACCUUCCUCUCCCCUCUGGAGGCUGUGGGACCGCGGCCAGCCCUCGCAGCCCCCUCCCCAUCCUGUCCCCCACCCUUUCCCUGCGCUCCGCCGGGCCGUGCGUGCAUGCGGGGCGGGGGCGCGGGCGGCGGCGGGGACUGAUGCUGUGCUUUGCCCUUGCAGGCAGCGAGUCCCGCCGGCUGCGGGCAGAAGGGGCGAGCAGCGGCCGCUGCCCCCAGGGCGGGGAUGCUGGGUCCCCGCUCCCCACGGAGGGGCUGCGCGUCCCCCGGCAGCCGCCGCCGAGAGAGGCCGGGGGCUGCGGCGCGGAGAACGGCAGAUCAUCGGCGGCGGGCGGCAGGAAGAAGACGCGGACCAUCUUCUCCAAGAGCCAGGUGUUCCAGCUGGAGUCCACYUUCGAUGUGAAGCGCUACCUGAGCAGCUCCGAGCGGGCCGGGCUGGCCGCCGCGCUGCACCUCACCGAGACCCAGGUGAAGAUCUGGUUCCAGAACCGCCGCAACAAGCUCAAAAGACAAAUGUCGUCCGAGCCCGAGGGUCAGGGGCCGGGGCCGGCUGAGCCCCCYGGGGAGCCGCAGCCCCAUGCUGCCGCCGCUGCUCUCUCCUUCCCGUCCCUCUACAAGGACAGCCCCCUGCUCAGUCGCUGCUUGCUGCCGCUGCCUUUUCCCCUGCUCUGCCCGGGGAAUGCCAUCCCCUACCUCUGCCUCCCCGGGCCGGGCAAGCACUUCAGCCUGGUGGACGGGGACGUAUAGCCUCUUCCCCGGCCCCCGACCUUCCCUUGCCGGGGGCYGCCCCGAUUUUAUUUAUGACCCCUCUGUGCCGGUGGAGUGUCCGUCUUCGCCACAGCCGCCCCCCCGGCCCACGGAGGGGCCUCCCAGGCUCCCCCCCACGCGUGUCCGUGGGCUGCCGACACGUUGCUAAAGCUCGGAAGGGCGCUGCCAACCCUUCCUCCCUCUUGCAGCGCUUUUUCUGUUGUCGGGACCGAGGAGAUAACACGGAGCCACCAAAGAAACCGGGACGUGCCCUGCCUGACUCCUUUACAAAUUAUCCCGUUCCCCUAUUACAGAGGAGCCGAUGCUCUCCCUCAGCCCAUGGGGACCGUGUCCCCGUGUCUAUCCCAAGCGCCGUGGCAGAGGCUCUACCACGAUCCGAAUCACGUUUUUAAUACAGAUUGGUAAAGGCGAAGGCCUCUCUGUGCUCCUCUAUCUCAAACUCUCCACCUCCAAUAUACCUGAGUAGCUUCUCCCCAUCUUUAACAUUGUCAAAAUGUAGACACCUUUCCUCAGAUGUGGUUCUUAAACUAUGACUUUCCUG